AUGCCGGCCGCCCCAUUGCGGCAACACGGUCCAGCACCCCGUAUUGUCGGGGGAAGCCAAGCGCCAGCAACGUUCGCCACCUGGAGAACUUUGCGGCGCGAGGUUUGCGGCGUCGCGCAGUACCAGGACCCGCCGCGCCUUGCUGGGACACAGGAUUAUAUUCGUCGGUCUUGGGGCGCGUGUUACCGCGCCGUCAGCAGUGUCAUCCGCACCAAUUUGCUGCUUAGUGGAAAUGCGGAAGAGAAUCCCGGCCCCACAUUGAGGGGCAUGCAAUGGAACUCAGCCGGGCUAACACAGGCCAAACGCAUAGCCUUGGGUAAACAGCUCUACGAGGACGAUAUCACGUUCUGCUUACUGAGUGGGGCAAAAAUGUCCCACCCCCCUGAAGCAGCUAGUUUUGGACUCCCUGGGUUCCAACAUUAUGGGAUAGCUCGCACCUGUCGUGGUGGAGGUGUAUCAAUCCUCAUCAGGGAUGGGAUACAGGUAGAGACAGGACCGGCGCUUGU